AUGAAAAUCGACAAAAUCUUGCAGAAAAUGAAUAAUCAACCGCCCAACUACCCGCCCGGGCAGUACUAUCCGCCGCACAUGUACCCGCCGACGAUGCAGACCGGAUUGCCCCAGUACAUGGGCCAAACGACGCCACAAUACCCUCCUCCGCAGACGCCCACCCCUGCCUACAUGAGUAUGUUGCCUCCGGUCCCAACUGGCCAACGCCUUUUCGUGUAAGCCUUUUCAGUCAAGCAAGAGCAGGCGUGGAGCGAGAACCGGUACGCGAUGCAGGGACCGUCGGCCACGCCGGCGCCCCAACCGCCCCCACAUUACAUGCAACACUCGGCAGCAAUGCAGCAGGGAUUCGCAAUGCCGCCCGGGUACCUGUCUAAUCCGAGCAUGGACAUGGCAUCCAAUCAGUUAGUUUGGAGGGGAUGAGCAGGGCUGGGUGAGCAUGCUUAAGGCGCCUUUAACUGUUUUGUGCCUGUGCCUCUCUCUCUCUAUCUCUUUUAGCACUCAAAACGCUUUUCUCUCGACCAACGAGAACCGAAUCGCUCACCCAGCCCUGGGCAACGAAUGGGCGGAGUCGAGAAGCUCUGCCCUUUUUGGAGCUUUUAGAGCUGAAAAAAGGAAUUACAGACAGCAAAUACCGCAGUACCCAGCCUCGAUGAGCCAUCAGCAGCACUACCAGCAACAGCAGCAGAGACAAAUGUCGAUGGCUCAGCAAAUGGGUCAGCAAGUUGCUCAGCAAGCGCCGCCCACGCAACAGGCUCCCACUUCGCUUCUCGCUCAGCACUUGGCCGCAGGACCGAUACAGACCCAGCAGCCACACCUUCACCAGCUCCUGCAGCAGCCGGUCUUCCAGCAGCAGAGCCAUCCGCAAGCGAUGGGACAGCCCGAGAUGGGUGCUCAAUCGGGAAUGACGAUGAAUCAGCAGCAGCAGUACAUGGUCGAGCAUCAGCAGAGAAUGGCUCAGAUGCAGGUGAUUGCUUGGGGGGAAAUCAAGUUCUACUACGUUGUAGCGCCCUGAAAAUCCCUCGGAUAUGGGCUCAGAUUCGUCAUUUUGAGCUUGAGAAAGUAUUUUCUCUAACUUCAUUUAAACAAUUGUAUAACUUAAAGAACGAAAUCCUAGCAGUAGUUUCUAAUCCAGAACAACAAUUAAAGGCACAUCUCCGUCAACAGGCCUACCAGCAACAACAGCAGCAGCAGUUGAUGUACGAUCAACAACAGCAGCAACAGCAACAGCAGAUGCUCCAAAUGCAACAGCAGCAACAGCAACAGCAACUUCAACAGCAACAGAUGCAAAUGCAGCAACAGCAGCAGCAGAGAAACGCGCAACUCGCGUCCGGAUACCAAUCGGAUCAAAAUUCGUGCGGAAAUCAGUUCCCCGGCUCGCAGUCUUCGGUGUAUUCGCAGAGAACGCAGGUUGGAAACUGAGCUGAGCGCGAUUCCGAGUUCGGAAUUUCAAUUGGGAGCUCAUUUGUAGUCGGGUCUUACAGGAAACCCAUGAAAUAUUAUGUAGCGGGAAAGUUUUACGGUGAAACAUCAGAAGAUGGAAAAGAGAAAGAAGAUUAGAGACUAAUGGGCUUUUGAGAUUAUCCACUUUUCAUCAUUCGAUCCGCUUUCUCAAAUAUGUAAAAAAAAAAAAGGAUUUUCGGGGCUUCGACUUUUGAACCAGUUGGAGAUUUCUAUGAAGUAGUUGACUGACAAUAAUCCUGUGCUUUCCGAACUUUCCAGGUGCUUUUCUAUCAUGAAAAAACGAACGGAUAAUCUUAAAAGAACUUUAGACGAUUAAUCCCUUCUUCUGACUAUUCUGGCAUUUUCAGCAUUUUCGGAGCCUCAAAUUUAUAUAGAACAUUUUCAGGAACCAGAGAUGCACUACUUUGUAGCGGGCCCGCUCACCCGUCCAACUGGCAACAAUAACAACAAGGAAGAGCUCGAGAAGAUUUCGACGGGAGAUUUGUGCAAUCUCGGCAAGGAGCUCGUCUGCGAUCUCAACUCAAAGUCCGUGCAGAUUUGACCGUAAUCACCUCCUCCAUUGUCUAUUUUCAGAACGUGUCUGCUGACCCAAAUGCUCAAAAAAGUGACGGAGCGGAAGCCGUUGAUGCAGGGAGAGAAUCCGAGCGAACUGUCCGACGAGUGCGCCGAUUGUUUGCAGAGAAUGAGCCUGAUUCGGUAACAGAUUCUAUUGAUGUUUGAGGGAAAUUGACGGGUUUUCAGGACGAUCAUCGAGAAACGUCGUCCGCCGGAAUGGCAGAGAAUGAGCGGAGACGACUAUCUCGCGCUGAUGCUCGACGAUUCCGAACUGAACGAAAUGGACGAGGAGACCAAGAAGCGCCGGGAAAAAAUUGAACGAAGUACGGUUUUCUACUCUAUAUCAUAGCUUCCCCAUCAAUAUUUCGCUUCCAGAAGUGCCGACGGUCUCCUCGAAAGUGCCGCUGAACGAAGGAGAUGUUUGGUACGAGGGCAGAUGGAUUACGAAGCCACUUUACGAGAAAUAUAUGGUUUUUGAGGCGAACAAGUGAGAAAAUCUCUGAUUCGUCUCUAGAAAACAUUUUUUUCAGGGAAAAGAUCAAGCAAUUGUCGAGUAAACUGAAAGGAUUGGCGUGGAAAAUCGAGGUGACGAAUCCGAACAACCUGAAGAAGGUGGAUCAGACGAAGAUAUCGAAGAAGAAACCCGAGGAGACGUCCGGAUAG